AUGUUAAUUAGGAACUCAUUAUGCAAUGAGUAUCUAGGAUGCGGCUACAACUUAUUGUACAAUAAGAAGAAGCAGGAGGAGAGUGCGGACAGCUAUGUAAUCGAUACGAACUACAAAAACCCAGUUGUCAAGUUCAACUUUUCCGGAGAUAUGAGCAAUAUAAACAGUACUCUCGAGUACUUACAUCCAGACGGAACGUAUAUUUACAGCUCGCCAAAUUGUUCAAAUAAACUGGAACAAAGUCAAAACAAGAGUGAGAAGGCGUUAAGUUCUGAACUGUCGAUUGAUGUUAUCAACGCCAAUGCGGACGCGAGCCUGAACAAAUCUAAGGAUAAUACAUCACAUAAGAACAAACUGGAAAAAACUGUUUACUGUUCCACAUUCGUGGCAGGAAUUAACCAAGCUCAUCACACAGAAUUUACAAGGGACUUCAUAACAGCAGUUUUAAGCUUAAAACGUACCCUGAGGUCUGAGAAGAAAAGAGGCUGCGUCGUCAAGCUGUAUAAAAAGAAAGUGUGCUCAACCGUCAGAAAAUCGUGGAGCGACUUUUUAAACUCGUAUGGAACUCAUUACAUCUCUAAAAUCGUACUAGGUGGUAAAAUAGUCUACAAGGAGGAGGAGGGAGCUUCUUCAAACAGUGAUAGUAAAUCGAGAAACUUAAGCCUCAGUUUAACUGGAAUAGACGUCAAAAACGCCAAUGACAAGGACAACCUGCUAAACAAGGAAGCGAAGAACCUUACUACUAGCGUCUAUGGUGGCCUAACUUACGACAACAAUAAACAUUGGUUCAAUGAGCUUAAGAAGGACCCCGUUCCCAUUAAACUCGUCUUAACCUCGUUCAAGGACGUCUUUCACAAGUACGGCAUACUCAAGGAAUACAUUCAGUUUAUAAAAAUACAUUAG